AUGUUCUCCCAACGCCCUUCAUUCCGCUACCUGGCUAUCGGCGCAGUGGUGUCUCUGUUUGUCCUUGCAUUCCUUGUCCUCGGCACAGGUGCACCCUCGCUCUCAUCACAAUUUAAUCUAAAGACACAAUCACGACAGCAAUACUGUGCACCUACCGUGAACUCUUCCGCUGGCUGGGAGUUUGUUGUUGAGCGCGAUGGAAACAACCACGGUCUCUCUGAGGACCAGUGCCGCAUUGCUUUCCCAAAGCUGUUUGUUGAGAUUGACAAGUCAUCUAAAGUGAAAGAAGAUAAGCUUGUUUCCUAUAAGGAGCUCAAUUCCAGGACAGUGGAUGAUGGUAUGGUACGGGGAAUAAUUGAUCGAGGAGAGUUAUAUAUUGUCGACUACGCCCCCAUGCCUGUUACAGCAUCUCGAGCACGCGCCACAUUGAACUCCCUCCACCGCGCCCUGACAGCAUUCCCAGACCGCCACCUCCUACCCAGCGUCGAGUUCAUCUUCACCACAGAAGACUUCGCAGAAGACACAACCGCCCCAAGUCCCAUCUGGGCCUACUCAAAGCGUGACUCAGACACCUCAGUCUGGCUAAUGCCCGACUUCGGUUACUGGGCUUGGCCAGAGGUACAGAUUGGGCCGUACCAUGAAGUGCGCCGUCGCAUUGCCGCAAUCGACGACGGCCAGACUGCCGCAGAUGGCACAUAUAUUCCGGGCCUGCAGUUCCAGGAGAAGAAAAAGCAGCUCGUAUGGCGCGGCAGUCUGGCGACGAACCCGCCCGUCCGGAGCAAACUCCUCAAGUCUGCGUUGGGACGUAGUUGGGCUAGUGUGCGUGUUAUUGACUGGGAUGAUCAAAAUGAUAUCCGCUUUAAUCUUCUGCCCAUUGAAGACCACUGUCGGUACAUGUUCCUCGCACACACAGAGGGCCGGAGCUUCUCUGGGCGUGGGAAGUAUCUUCUGAACUGCCGUUCUGUGGUCAUCUCACAUGCGCUUGAAUGGCGCGAGGCUCAUCAUGCGGCGCUGGUAUCAACUGGCCCGGAUGCAAAUUAUAUUGAGGUUGACCGGGAUUGGUCUGAUCUAUCGCCCAAGAUCGAUUAUCUCAUUGAUAACCCUGCGAUUGCGGAGCGUAUCGCUAAUAAUGCGGUGCGCACUUUCCGCGAUCGGUACCUUACUCCUGCUGCCGAGUCGUGCUACUGGCGUCAGUUGAUCCGGCAGUACUCUGCAGCUUGUGAUUUCGAGCCGGUCUUGUUUUCGACUGGCCGGGAUGGAAAGACUCAGCCCCGGGGUGUUCCCCUCUUUGUGGCUGCUUGUGCUGCCGUAACUGCCUUUGCGCUUCCCAGUGAGCUGGAAAAGCGAGCGAUCACCACGAGCGAGCAAGGAACUAGCAAUGGCUACUUCUACUCUUUCUGGACCAAUGGAGGUGGCAGUGUCUCCUAUACCAACGGUGCUUCGGGCCAAUACAGCGUUAGCUGGACCAACUGCGGAUCUUUCACCUCUGGCAAAGGCUGGGCUACUGGCAGCUCUCGAAACAUCAACUUUUCCGGUUCUUUCAAUCCCUCCGGAAAUGCUUAUCUCGCUGUCUACGGGUGGACCACUAGCCCCCUCGUCGAAUAUUACAUCCUGGAAAGCUAUGGCACCUACAACCCAGCUAGCAGCAUGACCUUCAAGGGAACUGUGACCAGCGAUGGAUCAGUCUACGAUAUCUAUACACACCAGCAGGUGAAUCAGCCUUCUAUCUCGGGGACUGCGACGUUCAACCAGUAUUGGUCCAUCCGCCGGACUAAACGCACCAGCGGAACAGUCACUACUGCAAAUCACUUCAAUGCUUGGGCUUCUCUUGGAUUGAGUCUCGGCUCGCAUAACUACCAGAUUGUCAGCACUGAGGGAUACCAGAGCAGUGGAUCGUCGUCCAUCACCGUUUCAUAA